AUGUAUAGUGGAACGCCGAUCAAUGUUUUACGGACUAAGUAUCGGCUAGCUGAAGAGCAGCGCCAUAAAAAUUGUGAAGCAAUGGAAGGCGACGAAUAUAAAUGCGCUUCUGCUGCAGUUGAUAGUGUAAGCAAGAUUUUGAAAAACAACCGAAAAUCAUCUAUCACUCGACUGCUGAACGAUACCGCUAAGGGUUUGAAGCAUGUGUAUCAGCUUUCACAUCCAUCACAGGAAGACCUUACGUACGAUCUCUUCAAAUGCUCCAAAAAACCCGAAGAAGCUUCCUUGGGAAAACUACUUUCUGUACUGCGAUCAUUCGGCAUCCGUGAAGAUGAUCCACGGCUGAAGCAUACAAUAGAAAAGAUGCAUGAAUAUGAACUGCAAAUCGAGGAUGACUGUGAUACUAGACACUGCUUGUUAAAUAAAAAACAGUUCAAGGAAUGUAUUCGGCCAAGCAUCAAUUUAAUUGCCCAAACGCUUCGCAACGAUUUGAUUAUUCCAUGUUGGGGCGAAUUUACUGCCAAGAUCAAAGAAAUUUUUGAUGAAUGUGCGAAUAUUCAUGAAGGUAAAGUAGCAAAUUAUAUUCCUCAAUUAGCCAGAGUAGAUCCGAAGAAAUGGGGUCUUUCGAUAUGUACAAUUGAUGGACAGCGUGUCAGUUACGGUGACGCUCGUGUACCGUUUUGUUUUCAGUCCAUAUCAAAAGCUUUCAAUUAUGCAAUAGUAGCGUCUGAUUUGGGAGCAGAUUUUGUUCACAACUAUGUUGGCCAUGAACCAUCUGGGCGAUUAUUCAAUGAAAUAUGUCUGGAUUGCAAUGGUAAACCACAUAAUCCUCUCAUAAAUGCUGGAGCAAUUAUUGUUACGUCAUUGCUGAAAAUGGGACAUAAAAUGGCUGAUCGUUAUGAUUUUGUGCUAACCCAAUACAGAAAACUUGCAGGAGGUGGAUAUAUAGGCUUUAAUAAUGCGACCUUUUUAUCGGAACGUGAUACUGCAGACCGUAAUUACGCGCUUUCUUAUUACAUGAAAGAAAAUAAUUGCUUCCCUGGUUCCAUAUCGCUCCGGGAUGAACUGGAUUUCUAUUUUCAGUUGUGUUCAUUGGAAACAACGUGUGAAAGUGCUGCGGUAAUGGCAGCUACUUUAGCUAAUGGAGGUGUUUGUCCUCUUACCAACGAAAUAUGCAUUAGUGCUCGGCCGUGUCGAGAUGUUCUUUCACUGAUGUAUUCGUGUGGGAUGUACGACUACAGCGGCCAGUUUGCGUUUCAAGUUGGCUUACCUGCAAAAUCUGGUGUCUCUGGAGCGAUGGUCGUUGUGGUACCAAAUUUGAUGGGAAUUUGCAUCUGGUCGCCACCUUUGGAUAAAAUGGGUAACAGUGUGCGUGGUGUAAGCUUCUGUAAGAAAAUGAUUGAAACUUUUAAUUUUCACAACUAUGACAGUUUGCUGCAUGCAGAUACCAAGAAAAUUGAUCCUCGAAAACGUGGUGUUCCAAAUGAAUCCGAAUUAAUUCUGGAAAUGAUGUUUGCGACUAAGAAAGGCAACAUUGAUGAUGUUCGAAGAAUGUUUUUGGGUGGUAUUGAUUUGAAUAUGUCAGACUAUGAUGGUCGCACACCGUUGCAUUUAGCUGCUUCAGAAGGACAGUCUUUAAUGGUGGAUUUCUUUCUCGACAUUGCUCAUGUUAAUCCACUUGUGAGGGAUAGGUGGAAUAGGACUGCCUAUGAUGAUGCUUUAUCGUUUGGAUUUACCAAAAUUGCGGAAAAAAUCAAAUCAUAUAUGGAUAAAAUAUCUGGUGGAUUUGUGCCAAUAACAAUUCCUCCAGAAAAAGCUCGACAGCUGUUGCCCGAAAACGGUGAUAUUUUAAUUAAUCUGCCAGAAGAAGCAGAUGAAUGGGAAAAAGAAUUGCGAAUUGUGGUUGAUCGUUUAUCUUAUUUCGAUCAUUCAAAUGAUUGUGGAAGCAGUCCCGGCAUUGCUGAGAACGGCGAUGGAGCAUUUGAUAUUUUGGAAAAGUCAUCUGAAGGGAACAAUGGACCUAGUGCUUUGGAUGCAGAAAGCAUAACAGACGGGGCUGGUGGUCAGAUUGACCUUAAUAUGAAGAUUUCAAGUUGA